CCCACAAUGACGUAACUAAGCACGUCUACAUCAAGCCCGUUUUUUCUUUGAAGAACUCGCAUCCGACCGUUGUCGAUUACCAAACUAUACUAAUCAAUGGGAGACAUGCUUUUGGAGUCAACUUAUGUUGAAUUUGCCGAACCUCAAAUGCCUGGAAAAUCUUACCCAGUGGACGAUAGUGUCAGUGCUUAUUACCAGAAGCUGGCAGCUGAGCAUGACUCCGUACGACAGCGACUUCGAGAACGGAUUUCACAGCUCAAACGCUUCAUGAAGCACGAAAGGGUAAUCUCGGACUUGUUUUAUAUUAAUCAUAAUUUCAGAACAACAUGGAGACCGGUUUAACACAAUUCUCCAAGUCAGGUUAUCUACAUUCGAUUGAUCCUUCUAUCGAGUAUAAAGUUGCGGCAGCUUUCGCAAAGUAAAGUGUCUCAUCGUACAUUUUGCAUCCAUACUUUAGGUUAAUGGCUGAUAUUGAGAGUGAAGCCAAGGAUUGGAAGCCAACGGAUGAUAUCAAUGCAAACGCAAGUGUGCACGCUUUACUUCGAGAGCACCGCGCCGGACUCGAGGCGACACCAUCUCCAUCGGCACUCAGCACCCUGCAACGAACGACUGUUUACAGUUUAGUAAAACGAGUUCAGGUCGAACGGCUUGGUGAUCAAGGAAUGGAUGAAGAUGUGCCUUCUAGCCGCUCGCAUCGGGCUCUGAAGCCCAUGGGCUUCGUCCGUAGGGCAACACGGAGGCUGGGCCGGCCACCAGUGAGGAGUGAUAAAUGGUGCAGAGAUACUGACUCUCGAACCGGCCCGGGCAUCAUUUGGCCAAGUUCUGAACACGGACUGUUCUGUCUUCUUCGUGGGUUCCUUACGCAAGGCGGCGAACGCCGGCGUUUAACCACUGCUCAGUUGUGUGAAUACGUUCGUGAGUGGCAAACUCAAAUGGGCUUGAGGUUGCAACGUGCUGGAGGAGCCUGGACCUGGAUCAGCCGUGCAGAGGACUGGUCUGCAAUCACUCCGUCUGCGCUACAAUUUCUCACCGCUGAAGCAAUACCCAAUAGUAGUACUGGUUCUUCUUCUGGUGUCAUUCGGCAUUCUUCACGGCGUCUUGUCUGCCCCAGACCUUUCGUUGAUCCCAAGCCUCGUGUACAUCAGUGGUCAUGGCUUCUUGCUCCACCUACAGCUACAUCAGCGGUGGGCAACGCUCAAUUAGUAAUGUUUGAAGCCGAAGCGAAGGAAUUAGCUGACUUAUUCACAGAAUGGUUGCGCGCUCCGCGUGGCCUUGGCGGCUUGGCAGAUGCAGAGUGGCUUGCUAGCGCUACCGCUGUUGGCGGAGGCGGCCGCCGUCGUCGCAAAGCUAGAGUCGAGUUGACCGAAAGUGCUGUCUCCAGGGUCAACAGUGAUUCAGGGGAUACUGAUGACUCGGGACAUUUACGAAUUACUGGUGACCUUUCUGAGUCCGAUGAUAACGAACUGGUCCGUGGGAUUAAAAUAUCAGAUCCAAAAUACCGACAAGGAAAGUUACAAAGGACAACCGUUAUUUUGGAUGAGACGGUACCACCACCAUUCUGCCCUACGAACUGGAAAUUGAAGCCAUUCUCUGAGGAACAAGUCAUAUCAUUCCAAUCCCAGGAAGCUGAGAGGUUCGCACGACCGUGGCUCCCGUUUGUCUAUCGAAUACAAAAUUACGAAUCUGUUGUCGGACCCCUGCGCUCCGCUCCAAGUGCAGCCAGUCAGGGUGCUACGGUCGUUUUGCAUCAAUCAACUCACGUCAAAGCACGUGACCACCCACUUUUACGACCUGACCGGCCAAUUUACGUGAGUCUUGCGGAAAUCGUUCGUGAUGCAGUUGCUUGUUUGCCCAAUGGGGAGGGCACACGAGGUGACAUCACAACCCUGGUACAAAAUAGUGGAUUUUUGCUGCAGUUCAUUGAUCAGCGCAAGCUUCAACAGUGUGUCAGUUCUGCCCUAGAUCGCUUGCAAGGAGAAGCAUCUGAUCCAUCUGUAUAUUUCAACGCCGCUCAUCGAAUAUGGGUCUAUCGUCACCGUCAUCGCACUCCAGAGGAAUUCGAUGAACGAGGCCAAGAGAUCUGUCCAGCGAGGUGAUGUGCGUACCAGCAGCGCAACCGCCUCUGCGGCUCCAAAGUUCCGCGGUCCUCGUAUGUCCCUACCUCAUACUCGUCAUCCAGAUCCUUCACCCUCAACUAGCAAGUAUGUGCCGAGCCACCCUGGUCGGUUACCUAUUCACUCGGGCCCAGGCCAAUUACAGCGUUACCUAUGUAAUUUGCAUCCAGAAACUACGCUUGCUUCCCAGUCCGACGAAGAUGAAGUGUCUGAUGUACAUAUUCCAGAUAUUGAGGAAUUGGAGGCCGCUGAUCGGUUGCGUCAAGUUCGGGGAAGCUAUUCGUUUUUUCCAGAACAUUCAUCAUUAUAUGGACAUGAAGAAGAUGAGGAUGAGGAAAUUGACUAUGAAUUCGAUGCUGUACAAGAGGAACAACUUAUUGUCGAGCCGACGAAUUAUAUUAUGGAGGAUAGUGAUGGUCUCUACUCCCCAUCCUUCCGAGGGUCACUGCAACCUCGUCGUGUAUUUGGUCCUUCGGUCGGUUACCAGCACCGUUUUCAUUCGGGCUAUCAACGUCGACAUGCUUCGGAUCAUAAUCCACCGGCAGAUGAUUUCCUUGAACUUCAUCGGUCUUUGCGUCAGUGA